GUCUGAUAGAAAAUGGAUUCUUCUUAUCCGACCCUGUGUAGUUGGCUUAGAGACUUUAGUCGAAAUUCUGUUGCCUUGAAAGAUUCCACAUUUAUUUGUAAUCAAGGAAGUACAAGGUUUACAUUUAUCAACGAUUACGUAGUUCGUUGUGAACUUGGCAAAAGAUUGGAGCAAGAAUACUUGUUUGAAGACAGAUCGUCUUUUUCUUUUUUAAACAGAAACAGUGGGAAGAAGGUAUCUUUUCAGGUGCAAGCAAUAGAAGAGGAGAAGCUCUUUUUGGAAACUGAGUUUUUUAAACUAUCAUAUAAACCUCAAAGAGAUUGCAAUGACUUUAACGGUCAGUUGUUUAUCCAAUUGAAAGGUUCUGAAAACGCACAGUUUUGUCCUUGUACUGUGGAACAACACUCAAAGCACAACUUGGGAGGUACUUGUCGAACUUUGGAUGAAGCAAACGGGUGGAAAGUAUGCAAUUGGAAAGGACAACCUAUUGCGCCCGAUGUAGAUUUGGGUAUAGGUAUGAUUUCCUCCAAAGGUUUUGUGGUAGUCGAUGACUCGAACACUCCACUGUUUGAUGAGAGUGGUUGGCCUAUUUCUUCUUCACAAAGAAAUAAUAUUUGUGAUAUUUAUAUAUUUUGCUAUGGCUCCGACUAUAGAAAAGCUUUGCAGUUGUUUUGUCAAGUAUCAGGAAGAGUGCCAUUGAUUCCUCGUUACAUUUUAGGGAAUUGGUGGUCUCGAUAUUGGCGUUAUUCCGAAGAUGAAUUGAAAAUGCUUAUCCAACAAUUUGAAAAGUAUAGAUUGCCAUUUUCAGUUUCUAUUUUGGACAUGGACUGGCAUAUUGUGGACUGCAAAUUGCAUGAUUUUCAAGUUUUUGGUUGUCAUCCAGGAUGGACAGGAUACACAUGGAAUAGAGAAUUGUUUCCUAAUCCUGCAGCUUUGAUUGAUUGGCUUCAUAAGAAGAAUUUAAGAGUUGCUUUAAAUUUACAUCCUGCAGACGGUGUUUGGCCUCAUGAAGAAGUUUAUCACAAGUUUGCCAUUUCGAUGGGACUAUCGGAGAAAGACAUCGAAAAGAAUAAACCAAUUCCAUUUGAUAUUACCAAUCCAUUAUUUACAGAGAAUUACUUUCGGUUAUUGCAUCAUACACAAGAAGAAGAGAAUGGAGUUGAUUUUUGGUGGAUGGAUUGGCAACAAGGUACGAAAACUUCUCUAGAAGGAGUUGAUCCGUUAUUUGUCUUGAAUCAUUUUCAUUAUUUGGAUCAUGGAAGAGAAAAAAGUCGUAGACCUUUUAUCUUUUCAAGGUUUCCUGGAUUAGGAGGUCAAAGAUACCCUAUUGGCUUUUCUGGAGAUACUCAUGUCACUUGGAAUUCCUUGGCCUUUCAACCUUACUUUACUGCAACUGCUGCAAAUGUUGGAUAUUUCUAUUGGUCUCAUGAUAUUGGAGGACAUUUUGCUGGUAUAGAAGAACCACAAUUAUUGGUUCGUUGGAUACAGUUUGGUUUGUUUUCUCCCAUUUUAAGACUUCAUUCCAACAAAAAUCCUUAUCAUUCACGUCAUCCAUGGAUGUAUGAUGUGGAUAUUUUGCAAGCUUGUCAAAAUGCAAUGCAACAGAGACAUUCUUUCAUUCCUUACUUAUAUACAAUGGCUUGGCGUGCUACUCAAUAUUGCAUUGCAUUGAUAGAACCGAUGUAUUAUUCACAUCCCAACUUUGCCAAUGCUUAUGCUUGUCCUGGUCAAUAUUGGUUUGGUUCGGAAUUGAUUGUAGCUCCUUUUGUAGAAAGAAUUGAUUUCUAUUCCAAACAUUCCAGACAAGUAAUAUGGUUACCUCCAAGUGUGGCUCCUUGGAGAAAUAUUUACACUGGAGAAGCUUUUGAAGGAAAUCAAUGGCACAUUAUUUAUGGAAGACUUGAAGAUAUCCCUGUAUUCGGUAGGCCUGGUGCGAUUAUUCCUCUUUCAAGAGAUGAAGAAGUGGAGACUGAUUCUUAUCGUUUUCCUAUCGAUAAUCCUUGUAAAUUGGAACUUGUCGUCAUUGUAGGUGAUAAUGGUAGUUUUCAAUUAUUAGAAGACGAUGGUAGAGUAGAACCUCAAGUUGAAUAUGAAAAAGGAGCUUGUAUGACCCUUUUGGAGUUGAAAUGCGAAAGUAAUCGAAUAGAAAUGAAUAUUGCUAAAGCACAAGGAGAUGUAUCGAGUGUUCCAAAGCAACGAGAUUGGAAAGUUACUUUUCUUGGUGUAUCAACUUGUUUACAUAUAACAACUUAUUCCAAUGGCAGUAUUAUUUCUUCUACUUGUCAAGUAGUAAAUGAACAGCGAGAAUCUAUUUCUAUCUUCUUGGAGAAUAUCUCUAUCCAAUAUGAUAUUAAGAUCAUACUGGAACCUAUUGAGAAUAACUCAAUCUAUUCCUUCAGGGAUAGGAGAGAAGAAAAGAUUCGUCAAUUAUUGUUUUGUUUCCAUCUCAACACUGUGGUUAAAGAGCGUAUAGAUAAUGCUCUUGAUUCAUUGAAAAAGGAACCUCAUCGCUUGGAUGAAAUAUCGGAACAAAUGCUUUCCAAUUCUCAAAAGAGAGCCUUGUUGGAAUACUUGACAUGUUGUGGUUGUCAUUGUGCUUGGAACGCACGUCCUCAUGCUCCUUUUGUGGUUUGGAAAACAGAUGAUAGUUGCAUAGAAUGUAAUUUGUAUUGGUAUUCUAAAAAGGACGGAGAGAAGCAGCCAAUAACUUGGGAAGAGAACAUGAAUGAAAUGAUAUUAUGGAAGCAAGUCAGUUAUCAAGGAAGAGAGAAUAUUCCAUCCGAUUGGAAUUUGUGUAUGGAAUAUGGCAAUAUUCUGUCUGUUGUAUUGGAUAAUGAAUGUCCAUUUUAAGAAGACUAUUUUGUCAUUUUGGAAAGACAAUAAAAAAUAAGAUUGGAAU